AUGGGUGACGAGGGCAGCGACGUGGAGGAGAAUCAGAACCAGAGAAAGGUUGAGACUAUCCCAGACGCGGUGGACCACUUCUUGGGAAGGCUGCUGGACUCUAUCAAGAGCAGCAACAUACCCGACAUCAACAGACUUUACGAGACAGACUUCAAUCAACUCACUGAGAAGUACUACAACAAGACGAAGUGGCCCAGCGCCUAUGCCGUAGGAGAUGCUCUCGGACAUGGCGAGGCACUGUUCCUCAUCCUCUACAAGGAGCUGUACUACAGGCACAUCUAUGCCAGACUGAACCCAGUCUUGUUUGAGGACAGAAUCGGCUCCUGGAAAAAUUACACCCAGCUUCUGGAUUUGAUGAUUGAGAACCUUUCAGAUGGGGAGGAUCUCGGGAUUGCCCUUCCCGCGCAAUGGCUGUGGGACAUCUUAGAUGAGUUUGUGUAUCACUAUCAGACAUACAGCACCUACUGCCACAAGGCGGCAAAGCUGCAGAAGGAGGCGGACGUCAAGCAGCUGGUUGACAACCCUGGUGUCUUCGAGACGACCAAGGUUCUCAGCUACCUCCACCAGCUUGUGCGUUAUUCCUUGAUCGAGCAGUGGCUCGCCAACCCGGAAGGAGGCAACGGCCAAGGUGCGGCCUUCACAGAUGAGUCGACGCGACUUAUCGGAUAUUUCGCCCUCAUGCAGCUGCUGCGAAUGCACAGCUUGCUCGGUGACUACCGCCUCGCUAUGGAGACGAUCGAGAGCAUCGACUUCCGAGCAGAGGUGCCCUUGUUCUACAGAAUCCCAGCAUGCCACGUCACUGUGUUCUACUACAUGGGUUUUGCGUACAUGAUGAUGCGCCGGUACGUGGAUGCAUCCCGCACUUUCCAAGAUAUCUUGGUCUUCCUCUCCAAGAUCUCUGCUGUGAAUUCGCUCUCAUACCAGUAUGAUCAGAUGCUGAAGAAGCAGGAUCAGAUGUACGUGCUGCUGUUGAUCUGCAACGCCCUUUGCCCCCAGCCGCUCGAUGAAUCCCUGGAAAAGCCCAUCCGAGAAAAGCAUGCAGAUAAGCAGAUGCGCCUCCAGCAGGGUAAUGAGGCUUGCUUCGAGGAUCUUUUCUCCUACGCAUGCCCCAAGUUCGUGGCGGCCUCCAUGCCUGACCUUGACAACUUGGAAAACUUCACCGCCAACGAAGCGCACCAGCGCCAGCUGACCCUUUUCCUGCAGGAGGUCAGGCAGCAGCAGGCACUGCCAACCAUUGGCUCCUACAUGAAGCUGUACACCUCCCUGCAGACCUCCAAGCUGGCGCAGCUGUGUGAGAUGGACGGAGAGGGCCUCCGUGACCAGCUGAUGUGCGUCAUGCACAAGACCCGGCAAUUGGUGCAUCAGAGAGUUGGUACGCCGCUGGAUGGUGAGUUGAACCCUUGCGGCGAAGUGGAGUUCUACCUGGAUGGAGACAUGGUUCACAUUAACGCGCAGAAGCCGCAGCGACCACAUGCCGACGUGUUCCUCGAGCACAUCCGCAAAUUUCAGGACAUCCUGAAGCGGGCAGACAAGCUCGACAAGCCGGCGCCGUCGGCGUGA